CAAUCUCGCAGCAAUCAAUCUUCGCGAGCCCUUUUGGGCAAUAUCAUCAACAUCACCAAUCUUCCCGCAAUGGCCAGUUCCACCCAGCGCGACAGGGCGGUCAUGACUAUAUUAAUCGUCUCCUCCCACUCCCCCGAUUUCCCUCACGAUCCACCCUGAGCACCACCCCGCCAACCGACAUUGCGGCUCGCACCACCGCCUCUUCACAAUGUCGCGCGAUUACCAGGCCGCUCGCCCCGUCAUCGCCACCCUCCUCAAUACUCUCCGCCUCCCCAACAUCGGGGCCAUCACCCCACGUCAGCUCAACCGACUCUACCGCGCUCUAGGAUGGGAGUCCGACGACAUGCAAGAGGAGCGAAAGGGGAAGAAGAAUCUGUUGAUGUGGAUCAGAAAGAAUGUGGAUGGGAUGGAUGUGGAGAAGGGAUCAAGGGUCGGGUGGGAUCGCAAGAUAGACGACAGUGUAUGUCUGAGGGAGGAGGAGUUGGAGAAGGAUAACAGUGGAGGGGUGGAUGGCGACGACACGGAUGGUGAUGAGGGGCAUGAUGGAGAGGGGGAUUGCAAGAUCGAGCAGGAUGGUGGGAAGAGUGGCGGAAAGGGCGGCAAAGUCAAUGCAGAUCUACUGGAUGUCCACAACAACGACAUCCUCACGCCGGGAUGGGAUCCCUCAUCCGCCACCAUGGCCUGUCUCCGCAACAUGCUCACAACCUACUCCGUUGCCUUUCCUUCAUCCGCGACCAAGUCCGCCUUGGUUGAACUGGUCACUGUCAAACUUCUACCCACCGUCAACCACUCGCGCCGGCAGAAUGCACGAGUCCUGCACAGCAGUCGAGAAGGUCCAGCCGUGAGAGACAUUGGAAACGAGGAUGUGUCUACCCGGAGCAAGGAUGAGAAGAGGAGGCAGGUGGAGAAGAGACAGAAACACAUGGAAGUUGUUGAUCUCGACAAUGAUUCUCGCAUCCCAUUGGUGUCCGAGGACGUGUUGGCCGAGGACGUGGAUGGAACGAACCAUGUGGUAGAGAUGGAUGUGAUGGAAGAUUUGCAACACGAUAUUCUCGAGCUUCCUCAGGGUGACAGCCCUUCUCAACACACCAAGCUUCCUCAGGACGACAGCCUUUCUCAACACAACAACCUCUGUCAAAACGGUCCUUGUGAAGACGACGCCACUCUCCAAGCUCAACUGGCACGCGCUACUCAAAAUCGAGACGAGUUGAUCAAUGUUUGUUUGGGACAACAGGAAAUGGUUACACUUCUGAAAGGAGAAAGGGCAAAUUUGCAGACACAGCUCGAAUUCACCUUCUCCAAGGCGCAGAAUGAAAUUGAACAACUUCGAAAGGAGAAGGUGGAUUUAGAGGCUCAAUUGGAGUCUACCGUCCUCCGCCAGGUUGAACUUGACCACCUCUACCAAGAGAAUGCGGAUCUACAGAACCGGCUGGGAGUUACGAUCAAGCGCUGCGAUGAAGAAAAGGCAGAUUUGAAGAAUCAGUUGAGGUCCUCCAUGCAGCGCCAAAAUGAGCAUACAGAUCUGCAGGCUCGACUUCAGAAACAGCUCGAAACGGCCAAGGCCGACCACGAACGCCGCCAUUCCACUAUGCAAGACCAACUCGAUCAACUCCAAUCCACGAUCCACAGCCAAGCUGCCGACCUCUCCGUCUUCCGCACGAAAGACAACUUCAACGUCACCGGCCGCUCGAAUACCUGGAACACAUUGCCCGUCCUGCGAUUCACGGGCUCGAAGAGGGAUGGGGUGGAACCAUUACACGCUAUCCUCGUUACGGUGCUGCAGCGUGCCCGAGCUGGAGAGUUUUCCCAGUGUUUCGAUGGUAUCGCAGAUACUAUGAAGAUCGUGGUUCGGAUGUCGAUGGAGAGGCAAGCGGUGGAGGAGAGGGUCGCGCAGACGACUGAGAAUUUGAGCAGCGCUGAGCAGAACGACUUGAUAUGUUUGAUGGAUUGA